AUGAGGAUGGUUGCUAACAUUGAACAGUUGCAUCAUUUUCAUGUCAACAUUGAUGCUGGUGAAUUACCUGGCAUAUCAUAUACUAAAGAUCUCACUGUAACAUUUGUACAACGAAAUGGUGCAUUGGAUGAUCGAAUCAAUGUUGGCGAUAAAAUUUUAGCAGUUAAUGAUUGUUCUGUAACUGAUCGAAAUACAUUCGAUCGAAUUCAGCAAAAACAUCACAUUACAAAGAUAACAAUAAGUCGUAAUAAAGAACGUGGUGAAAAAAUUAAGCAAGAGCAAUGUGUUGAUGAUAAGGAAAUCACGAAACGUGAUGGCUUUUUGUACUUAAAGGUGAAAAUGACAAAGCAACAUAAAACAGAAAUACCAAUCGGUUUACAAGUGAAAAAUAGUAAAGAAGGAUAUGUUUAUGUGACACAUGUGAUGAACGGUUCGUUAAGUGCUGAAUGUUUGAUGGUUGGAGACCGAAUUCUGCAAGUUGAUGGAAUAAACAUUAACGAUAAAGAGAUGGCAAAGAAGAUUAUUAUUCAGGGAUUAUCAUCAGGAAAUGUAAUUAUUGUUGUGGAACGUCCUGAUUCUCCCAAAACACGCAGUUUUGCAUCCGAAGUAUUAUCCAUUCGAACACCGCCAAAUGCUGAGAAAUCACAAUAA